AUGUCAUUUUGGCUCUACUGUAAUAAUGGGACGGAGUAUUCAAGAAGGAGGGACCUCCUCCUGUCUCCCAUUAAAAGACAGCAAGCUAUAAAGGACUCCGAGGGGCGAAAAACUGCAGCCGGAGACAGGAGCACAGUGAAGGAGGAGGAGGAGGAGGAGGGCGAGAAAAAGAGUCAGACAGAGACAUCAGAGCGUGGAACAGGUUCCCUCUGCAGCCCCCUCGCACUCAGAGCCUCAGCAGACAUGCCCAACUUUGCCGGCCACUGGAAGAUGAAGAGGAGCGAGAAUUUUGAUGAACUUCUGAAAGCCCUGGGGGGGGAAAAACCCGCUGAGUUUAGCACCUCGGGCCAACGCAUUAACCGCAUCUACCCGAGCAGGUCCUCUGUCAGAGCUCACAUAAGCGCCCGGUCAAAGAGAGACAGUCUAGCCACAUGGGAGUCAGAGAACAAGAUGUGCUGUCAGCAGACUCUGGUGGACGGUAAUGGCCCCAAAACCUACUGGACCCGAGAGCUGAACGGAGAUGAGCUUACUCUGGUGCACGAGACACAGCGUGGGCCAGCUCGGCCUCGGCCUCACCAGUGGUCGGAGGCCUUGGCGCAGACUCCAAACCCGGUUCUAUGCGCUGAGCACAUAGAAGUAUCCCAGCACCACACCAGCAGCUCAGCGCACAAGCUUCGCAUCGGUUAUGUAAGACCUCCAGACGGAGCUAAUCCUUUUUCUUUGGCGGUGAGGGGAGCGCUUCCUCAUCACAUCUCAGCCGUGGGCCCACAGGCUCUGGAGUGGAAUGACCAGACAGUCGGAGCCAGGAGAAGAGCUCAAAAAGUGAUUUGUGGUAUCAGUGGCUGCUCUGGAUAUCGUUCUGAAACAAAGAAGUAG